UACAGUUAGCCGAAUACUUUAUUUCGAAGCGUGGCGGCGCUUUUUGCGCAUAAAAAUAACAAACUAUUUGUGAAAUUUCAAGAAAACAUAACUUAUUUUUAGUAUGGAUGAUCACGGAGUGUUGAGCCUAGUGAAGAAGGUGGUGCACUCGCUGGUGGUCUCCUCACCCGGAAGAAUGACGAUCGAAAAGCUAAUGCGCGAUUACCGAAGCGAAGAGGGCUGCACUUUGCCACACCACAAAUUGGGAUUCAAUGACGCCGAAUCCUUCCUCCGCUCGAUUCCGGAUACAGUAAAGGUGAUUGGCCACGGACCCGUGGCCAGUGUAACUGCGGUGACCACCGCCAAAUCGGCGCAUAUUCAGCAACUUGUGCAGUGCCAAAGGAAGCCCAGCAACAGGUCCAGAAAUCGACCCAAUCACAAACCCAAGUAUUGCUAUGCAUCCGAGCGUUCCAAUUUGAUCUUCAUAAACGAAAGUAUCCGGAAAACGAAUGCUAGAAAAAUGCAGAAUAGAACAUAUCAGCGGCCCAAGGAUCUCAACAUACCCGUUUCAUAUCCCAACUAUACUCGACUGAUGUAUCCCGUUCACACUCCGGUUGUCUACAACAAUAUUAACGCCAUGAUCUGCGCCGCACAGCAGCAGGUGCUUUUUAAUUACUACCAGCUGCAGUAUUAUCAUUAUCUUCUAUCGCUGAUUUAUCCAUAUCCUUGUUCGCAGAACACCCCAAAUCCGCAACCGAAGUACUCUUCAAAUCCCCAACAGCAAACGCUACCAAAGAUUAUUCCAAAACUUAAGGAGGUGAAACUAACCAAUCCUGAGCCAUUGGAAGUUCAAGGACAAGCGAAGAAGAGUUUUCAACCACAGGACAUUUUAAGACCGACUCCUGAGCUUAAACAAGCAAGUUUGACUCAGAAGCUGGAGAAGGAAACCAAGGAGAUGAAGGAAGCUUUCGAAAAUCUUUCGGUAGAUGUUGAUUCCUCCGGUUACCAUGACUACGAGGAAUACGAAAUAUUUGAGUCUGACGAGGAGCAAUUUGCAAAAGAUCCUUUCGGCUCUAGAGAAAGAGUACAUGCUCCUCAAACUGCCGUUGUAAUUGGAGAUUCAUCGGAAAAAGAUGUGGCAGUGGCGCUCGAACUGGAGCCAGUCACCCAGCCUCAGCCUGAUCUCUUAUCCAAGCCAACUAUUCAGGAGGAUAUUGCCAAGCCCCUGGAACUCCAAGAGCCCUUCCUUAAUUAUGAGUCCUCCGAUGAUGGCGACGAAGAAAAUGCCGUUCCAGGAUAUGCUGUGGACGAUCGAGUUCUAGGUGUGGAUUAUCCCAAAGAUUCUGUUCGAUGUGAUUUCAAGCUUCCUGUUCGCGAUAUUACUGAUGUUGUUCAGUUGGAGCAGCGCAUGGAGGUGCAGUUGGUGAAGGUGGACAAUCCGCACAGCUUCACCUUUUGGGUAUACAACGAAGAGUUUAAUGACUACAGGGCUUUAUCCUGCAAUAUGCAAAUGUUUUACGAAGGUCUUGAUUCGGAUAAAUACACUAUGCCGCUUUGCUUAAUCACCACAGGUCAUCUCUGCGUGGUGCGCUCCAACAUUUCGAGUGUGUGGGAAAGAGCCCAAGUGUUAGGGCACCGACCGAAUAAUAUCAAGAAGACCAUCGAGGUGGAGCUGAUCGACACCGGCGUCAUAAUGUGUGUGAGCCACAAAGAAGUCAAGUUUCUGAUGAAAGAGUUUGCCAUCCUACCGGCGCAGUGUUUGGUCGGUCGAUUGGCCUUUAUAACUCAGUGGAAGAGUCCGGCUUGGUGCGCAGAAGCCGUUAACUUCUUCUAUAGGAUGGUUUCCUAUCGCAGACUUUACGCCAAGGUCGAAGCUAUCAACAACAACACUGCUUAUUUGGUGUUGGUCGAUCCGGACAGCAAAGCACCCAAUAUUAACUUGAACAAGUCCCUUAUCGACUCCGGUUUGGUGCGCCGCUGCAUCUCAGCUUAGAUUCAAAUUAAUAUAAUUUUUCAUACAUCACCAGUUUUUCGUUUCUAGUGUUAUAUAUUAUUAUUAACUAUUACUAUCUAUUAUUGCUAAACUCCAACGUAUCGGCAUGGGAAGCCAAAUUGAUUUUUUUAUGUUUUCAAUUAGGAUUUAAAUAAAACUCGUUUUCGUAUUAUUUUAAGGCAAA